AUGGGAUGCACACACUUGGACGUAGAAGAAACCAUUGAAAAGUGUUCUGGAAUCAUAAAGAAAAAAGAAGAAAUUGAGAGCGCAAAUAAAGUCCUCGGGUGCAUAGUCUGCAGCAGCUCUUUUUUGGCUGAAAUUUGCAUAGAUUGCAACAAUGUCUACUGCCGAGACAACUUCCACAUUGAGAAACACUGGAAGGAGAGCUGGCACAAGAACUAUUUUGUGCCUGAGUUUGCAACUGUGUCGUGCGAAGAGUGCGCAGAGUAUAUCUCCAUUAGGGACAUCAACAGAAUGAACACAAACACGCCCGAUGUCUCAAAAAAGUACCAGUGUUUGAAUACGAACUGGGUGAAAGGGUUCUUGAACUUGAAAAGAACCUGCUACAUGAGCAGUCUCCUGCAGUCCAUCCUCUCGAUAAAAGAGUUCAUCAAAAAUUUGCUCGAUAUAGAUCACAUUCUGAAAAAGUGUGCGAUAAAAGAGUGUAUCCUCUGCUCGCUCAACAGAAUACUGCAUCAGAUGUACAGCAACACAGAUGGGUAUGUCGACAUCUCCGAGCUGAUAAGAAUAUUCUGGGGGCAUGCCCCGUCGUUUGCCAAGAGCGAGUACCAGGAUGUCCAGGAGUUCUUUAUGUUCCUGAGCUCCCAAGUGCAUUCGAUCCUAAAGUGCAAUGCAAUGGACAAGUGUCCCAUUCACAAAACAUUCGGAGGAACAUUCCUGUCUACUAUCCAGUGCGCCUGCGGAAGGAAUGAAGCCUCUUUUGAGCUAUUUACAUCGAUCAGCAUGCAGCUGCAUGGAAGUACGCUGGAGGAAACAGUUGACAGAUACUUCAAUGAAGAGCUGAUACACAUCGAUAAGAUCUGCGAGUGCGGGAAUAGUAAAGAGUACACAAAGAAGGUGGAAAUAAAGGAGCUGCCAAGCGUGCUGUGUCUGCAUCUGAAGAGAUACGAAAUGAAAAACAAGAAUGUGCUAAAAAUAGACACAGUCAUAUCGUAUCCCGAAGUGCUGAUUAUUAACGACAAAGUGUUCAACCUCUACUCGAUCAUUAUGCACAGCGGAGACAUAGACUCGGGGCACUACAUAGCAUACACCAGACGAAACAGCCAGUGGUAUCUCACGAACGAUGAAGAGAUAAUGCGAGUUUCAUUGGUGGAUGUGCUGAAUAAGCCUGUGUACAUUCUGUUCUAUACGGAAGAAGACAAAACAUAA